AUGUUAAACCGACGGGUUGUGAGAGUGAGGAAUGUCCUGGUGCGAGAGUGCAUGGCUGAGUUCUUGGGAACUUUUAUCUUGCUGCUCUUCGGCUGCUCUGCCGCAGCUCAGGUAAAGACAAGCAGAGAAACUAAAGGUCAGUUCCUGUCAGUCAACAUGGCCUUCUCUGUGGGCGUGAUGUCAGCAAUGUACCUCACCAAGGGCAUCACAGGUGCUCAUCUGAACCCGGCGGUGACUCUGAGUUUCUGUGUGUUGGGUCAGGUGCCCUGGGGAAGGCUGGUGCCAUACUGCCUCUCCCAGCUGCUGGGGGCUUAUCUGGCAUCAGCGCUCGUCUAUCUGGUCUACUAUGACGCUAUAAUGGCGUUUAGUGGAGGAGUUUUGACUGUCUAUGGCCCAAAUGAGACAGCAUCUAUAUUUGCCACAUAUCCCUCAGAGUACAUGACUUUGGGCAGAAGUUUCCUUGACCAGGUGGUGGGCACUGGCAUGCUGAUGUUGUGCAUCCUGUGUUUGGGUGAAAAGAGAAACACUCCAGCUCCCCCGGAACUGAUUCCUGCUAUAGUGGCAGCGAUCGUCCUGGGGAUCUCCAUGUCAAUGUCAGCCAACUGUGGGGGUGCGAUAAAUCCUGCUCGGGAUCUGGGGCCACGCCUCUUUACACUGACUGCAGGCUGGGGCACUGAAGUGUUCACGUGUUACAACUACUGGUUCUGGGUGCCCCUGGUGGCCCCACUUAUCGGAGGAGUUAUAGGGACAUUCACAUAUUUGAUCUUCAUCCACUGGCACCUGCCUGAUCCAGACCCUCCUGAGAGCCUCUCCUCUCUCUCUACCAUCAGUGACAAAAUCAAGCAGCCCAGCACAAUGUGGGACAAUGAAGUAGAGCUAAAGGCUGCACGUCUCUAAGUGUUACUGUAAUGAAAAUAUGUUGUCAUCACAGACAGUUAAAGACAGUAGUCUAGCUGUGAAUUAAGUUCGAGAAAGCGAGUUUAGCCACUGUUAAGAUGCACCACACUUCUGAUUUUCUGCUGGAAUAUCAUAAUACAGGAAUAUCUUAUUUAUAUACUGUAUGAUCGAUAGUGAGCUUCUUAAACACAGCCAGCAGACACGGAGGCAGCUGAGAGGGAUAUUGAUUGUGUAAUAAUGCUGUUUACAUUGAUGUCUAUAUUAUAAUAUAAAUGUUUUUCUUGAAUUAUAUUACUGAGUUGUAUUUCAUUUUUAUGAAAUGCCAUAAUGAAUAUUGAACAUAUGUUAAGA